AUGAAGCGCCUUACAACACUAACAAGACACUCGCCGGCCUUUCGCCGCCGCGGCCUUCCAGUAAUCCCGCCAUCAUGGGUGCCGCCCACGCCAGAGAUUUCUGCUCUGGUCCGAAAACUCACAUCGACGAAACCUGGACGUCCCAGGACGGCAAUCUUCUUUCCUGGCCAAGGAGUGCAAAAAGUUGGCAUGCUUGAUCCAUGGCUGGAACAUUUCCCACGCACCGCUAAGGAGCUCGUAGAGGAGAUGGAUCACAUUGCCGGCUACAAAAUGUCCGACAUCAUUGCCAAUGGACCUUCCAGCACCCUCACAAAAACUACUGUCGCCCAACCCGCCAUCAUGGCCACCUCGAUCCUCAUCCUCCGUAUCCUCGAAAAAGAAUUCGGCUUCCGCGUCCAGGACCACUUCGACGUUGCAUUGGGCCACUCGCUAGGAGAAUUUGCAGCACUGGUGGCUGGUGGCUACAUGACAUUCGAAGAUUCCUUCAACCUCGUCAUGAAGCGUGCCGAGGCCAUGUCCGACGCUACCGAGGCUGCUGUUAAGCAGUACGGUGGCGAGUACGGAAUGAUUGCCAUUAUUACAGAAGAACCCGGCCACAUGGAUGACCUUGUUAAGACUGUUCAUGACCUCGUUGGUCACUCCAGCGACGGCAGCAAAUCUGACAGCCAGCAAAGCGUACCUCCAAUCGACCAAGUAUCUAUUGCCAACAUUAACAGCGAAAACCAAAUUGUGCUGAGCGGCAACAUUGAGAAAAUCAACACCCUUCUAACACACGUGCGCCAAUUUCUUGGCCACGACCCCCGCGCUGUUCGUUUGCACAGCGACAGCCCAUUUCACAGCCCUAUCAUGACGCCCGCGACAGGUACCAUGAAGAAGCUCCUCAGUGAGCCUAGCGUCGCCCCGGGCCGACCCCAGGAAGACGUCAUCACAUUCAACCGACGAUUCCCGGUCAUUAGCAACGUAUCAGCCAAGCCUUUCCGCAACAAGGAGGAUCUCAAGGACCUCCUGUCCCGCAGCGCCGCCGAGACCGUUCGAUGGUGGGACAGCAUCAAGUACCUCGACCAAGAAGAGCGAGUUCGACGAUGGGUUGGCAUAGGCCCCGGAAAGGUUGGCCGCAACCUGGUUGGCAAAGGUGUUGGCAUGCGAGGCAAGGAUCUCGUUAAAGGUGGUGGUGUUUGGGCUAUCACCGACCCUACAGAGAUUGAGGAGGUUCUCCGUGGUCUCGAAGAUACGGCUGGCAUCCUCGACGAGGAUGAGUACGACAACUAA